UCUGUCUCUCACAGUUAACCCAACCAAAAGCGAAAGUGAACAUGGCGGAGUGAGGCUGAUUAUCAGAUAAACAUGGUAUUCGAGUCGCUGGUGGUGGAUGUCCUGAACAGGUUUCUGGGGGAUUAUGUGGUGAACCUCGACAGCUCCCAACUGAAGCUGGGAAUAUGGGGAGGUGAUGCAGUUCUUCGGAAUUUGGAAAUAAAGGAGAAUGCUUUGAGUCAGCUGGACAUUCCCUUCAAAGUUAAAGCGGGACACAUAGGUCGGCUAGAACUGAAGAUCCCCUGGAAGAAUCUAUACACUCAGUCUGUGGAGGCCACGCUCGAUGAAGUCUACUUACUCAUCGUUCCCACUGCCAGUAUAAAAUAUGAUGCUGAAAAGGAGGAGAAGCAGCUACAGGAGGCUCGACAGAGGGAGCUUCAGAGGAUCGAGGAGACCAAACAGAAAGCAGCUGAACGAGAGAAUCCGAAGACUGAAAAACAGGACACUUUUGUGGAGAAACUGGUCACUCAGGUGAUCAAAAACCUUCAAGUAAAAAUCUCCAAUAUUCACAUUCGCUAUGAGGAUGCUGUCACCAACCCCAAUGUUCCUCUCUCAUUCGGAGUGUCCUUACAGAACCUUAGUCUUCAGACUGCAGAUGAAAACUGGAAACCCUGUCUGCUCGAUGAAAAAGCCAAGCUGUUUUUCAAGCUUGUCCGUCUGGAUAAUCUGUUUGCAUACUGGAACGUGAACUCUGAGCUGUACUCUGUUCAUCCUGCUACUGAAGCUCUGAAAUACCUACAGCAUAAUGUGGCUAUACAGAACUCCAUCCCUCAGGACUAUCAAUUCAUUUUCCGUCCUAUCUCGGCUAACGCUAAGCUGCGAAUGAACCCUCGCUCAGACGUAGACUUCAGCUCGCCCAAGGUGGAUCUGGUAGUCAACCUGCCUGAAGUGGCCGUGGAGCUCAGCAGACCACAGUACGUCAGCAUUCUGGAGCUUUUGGGCUCUGUGGAUAUGAUGUCAAGGAAUCUUCCGUAUAGAAAGUAUCGUCCAGAGUUGCCUGUACACACACAUGCACACAACUGGUGGCACUAUGUCAUCACAGGCAUCUUGGAGGUGAACAUCAAACCUCGUUUGCACAUGUGGUCCUGGCAGCACAUCCGUCGCCACCGGCAACAAGUGAAGCAAUAUAAGGAGAUCUAUAAAGCCAGGAUCACCAGCAAGAAGCCUGCAGAGGGGAUCCUGAAGAAACUGGAGGAGACUGAGAAAACUCUGGAUAUUUUUAACAUCACACUUGCACGACAACAAGCAGAGAUGGAGGCCUCCAAAGCUGGACUGCGGAUUUGCCGACCCGGGUUAAAGAUGGAGGAGGAACAGUCACAGGGAUGGUUAGGCUGGAUGUGGAACUGGUCUGGAGACGGAAGCACGCCAACCAAAGAGGCAAAGCCUGGAGCUUCUGGCUUUGACACACUGAUGACCCCAGCAGAGAAAGCCAAACUCUAUACUGCUAUUGGAUACAGCGAGACAGGUGUCAAUCCUAAUCUGCCAAAAAAUUUUGAGGACAUGAAGGUUCGCUUCCAGUUGGUGAGCAUGUCCGUAUCAAUGAAAGACAGCAAAGAGAAACCCGAAAUCAUCAAACUGUCCGUCAUUGACCUGAGAGCCACGCUGACACAGAGAUCCUCUGCUCAAGCCAUUAAGAUCACAGCUCUGUUGUCAUCGUUUGAGGUGACUGGUCUCCCGAGGGACAACGAGGCCCCGACGUUGCUGUCUCCUCGGCGUGUGAUGGAGGAAGACAAACCUCUGCUCAGCCUGAUGUUUGAGACUAAUCCGCUGGAUGCUAAAGCAAACCAGAGACUGCACGUUGAGUCACAGCCGUUAGAGAUCGUCUAUGAUGCUAUGACGGUCAAUAGCAUGUCGACAUUCUUCAUGCCUCCGAAUGAGCUGCAGCUGGACGAGAUAACCAACGCCACCCGCAUGAAGCUAGAGCAGUUCAGAGACAGAACCUCGACAGGACUCAUGUACGUCAUUGAGACUCAAAAGGUUCUUGACCUGAAAAUCAACUUAAUGGCAUCGUAUGUGAUUGUGCCCCAAAUGGGCUACUACACCGACAAGCAUAACCUCAUUAUUCUGGACCUGGGUCACUUUCAGAUGUCCAGUCAGAACAAAUCCACCUUACCUCAGCUGUCAGUGGGAAAAAACACCAUAGAAGACAUCAUGUCUCGAGCCUACGACAGCUUCGACGUCCAACUCAGCAGCCUGCAGCUUUUAUAUACCAAACCUGAGGGGGACUGGAAGAACGCUCGGAAGCAGAGACAGUCCGCCCUUCACAUUCUGGAGCCGGUGGAUCUAAAAGUGGUGUUCAGCAGAGCCAUGGUGGUCACCGACUCCAGGAUGCCGAAGUUUAAGAUUUUCGGCGAACUCCGUCUGCUCUCUCUGCGCAUCUCUGACGACAAAGUGCGCGGCGUUCUGGAGCUGAUUGACAGCAUUCCUCUUCCUGAGAGCAGCUCUGCACCUCGCCCUGCUGCCUCACAGGUCACGCCCAAGAGUAUCAAACAGAGAGACACUCCUCAGCUCACCCCAAGGAAACCUGCCAUGAUCGACCUGCGCUCCUCAGUAAUAUUCGACUCAGGCUCAGAGGAAGACUUGUUCUUUGAUGCACCCAGUUCACCAGUUGAGGAUCUGCCAUUCUUUGAAGCCAAUUGUGGCUCUCUGGAGCGACCAGCCUCUGUAAAGAGAAAAGCUCUGGUGAAGCAGGACCCCAAGAAGAACAUGACCGAGUUCCUUCUCAAUUUCGAAAUAAACCAGUUGACCAUCCAGCUGUGCUGCCUUUCGGCAGGACUAGAAGUGCCUGUCCUGCGCCUGGACAUCGAGGGUCUGGGGACCGAGCUCAAAGUGCGAACAUUUGAUAUGUCCUCAUACACCUUUCUGCGGGAGAUCUGUCUGGAGUGCUCCGAGUACAUGGAUGGGGAAGACAAGAAGGUUCACCUUAUCACCACCCUGGACAACACUGAGGACGAUCUGCUCACGCUGGAGUAUGUAAAGGCAGAUAAAAAUGCUCCAGAUUUUAAAAACAUCUACAAAAACACAGAGCAGCUCAUCAAGGUGAAUUUCUCCUCCCUGGAUGUUCAUCUCCAUACCGAAGCCCUUCUCAACUCCAUGAACUUUCUAAACAGUCUCCUCCCUCCAUCGAAGAAUGAGACCCCUGCAGAGCAGCCUGCAGUCACUCAGGAGGACGAGGGAGAGGGAGACAGUGAGGACGACAAAAAAGAGGAGUCCACUGUAGCCAAGAGAUCCGCUACGAAAAAGUCCAAGUUUGAGGAUGUGGUGAAUUUGCACAUCAGAGCAGAUCUAUCCUGCUUAAAAGUCUUUAUCAGAGGAGAGAAAGCCAGGAUCUCUGAGAUCAGUAUAGAAGGUCUGGUGUCUGAAGUACUGAUGAAAAAGAAAGCUGUGGAGAUUUCAGCCAACCUCAAGAACAUUGUUAUUUUGGAUUGUGAUAAAGAGGCCUUGUACAAACAGGCAGUGUCCAUAGCAGACAAGGAGGUGUUCGAUUUCCACAUGGUGAACUACUUGGAUGCUACAGAAGGGGAUGCUUAUAAUGAUAUGGAGGUAGUGGACACCAGCGUCACUCUGAGUGUGGGCUGCAUUCAGGUCAUCUUCCUCAACAAGUUUGUCUCCUCCAUUCUGGCCUUCGUCAAUAACUUCCAGGAAGCUAAAGAGGCUCUAGCCGAGGUUACUGUGCAGGCAGCGGAGAAAGCAGCCACAGGCGUGCUGGAACUCGCUGAAAAAAGCACACGCAUCUCACUGAAUGUGAACAUCAAAGCUCCCCUCGUUUUCCUCCCACAGUCCUCCGUUUCCAACAACGUCGUCGUGGUCGACCUGGGUUUGGUGACUGUCCAGAACUGCUUCGAGAUCGUUCCCUCUAAAACACACACGACUAUUCCCCCUAUUUUGGAGAAUAUGAGUGUCGCUUUGAGUGACCUGAAGAUGUACAGAGCCACAUUUGAGGAUGAGAAGUUCGAGUCUGACAUUAUGUUACUGAAGCCUGUAAACAUGGAUCUCUCAAUUAAGCGCAAUCUCUCGGCCUCCUGGUACCACAGCAUCCCAGACAUCCAGAUCAAUGCACACCUCAAACCCAUGAGUCUCAUCCUGAGUCAGGAGGACAUGACUGUCGUCUUAAAGACUCUGAAUGAAAACCUGUCCGAGACGUCGGAUGCUGUUCCUGCUCCAAAAGGUUCCGAUAAAGCAGAGACUGUGUCUACCAAAGAGUCUCAGGGAUCUGGAGCAGGGACCACAGUGGUAACGGCAGCAGUGGUGGAGGGCCAGAAGGCUGCUAAGCUCAAAAGCACUCUAAAACUACACUUCAAGUUUGAUUCGUUGACCCUGAUUCUUUACAGCCCACGUGGUACCGAGACUACACUGUCGGACCCUCACGAUGAGCAGUUGAAGCUGGCUGAGUUUACUCUCGGCACCAUCUCCACUGCAGUACACAUGUUUUCAGACAGCUCUAUGAAGGCCUCCUUCAAACUGGAUGAAUGCUUGUUGGAUGACAAGAGGAAAAGGGUCAACAUGAUCACCUCCAGAAUGAUGGCGAUGCGCAAGGGUGCUGAGAAAAACAACAUGGUGGAGGUGAACUAUCGCCAGGGUCGGGACGGCACCACACUGGACACUAUAGUCCAGGACCUGUACCUCUGUGCCAGCAUGGAGUUCCUGCUUACUGUGGCUGAUACUUUUCUCAAAGCCAUGGAUCAGGGCUUCUCCAGCCAGCCCAAAAACAACAACAAGCCGUCACCCACGUUCAGCAAAGAUGCAGCUGCUCCUGCUCCGCCUGCGGUGGCAAAAUCAGAAAUGAACGUGGUGGUGAAGAACCCUGAGAUCGUCUUCGUGGCUGACCUGAGCCGGGCUGAUGCUCCGGCUCUCGUCAUGACCACGCAGUGCGAGCUGCUGAUGAAGAGCGAUGCCACAAGCCAGCUCAUGACGGCCGCCGUGAGGGACCUGAAGGUGGUCGCGUGCCCGUUUGUGCAUGAUGAGGAGGAGACCAAUUUUACCACGGUCUUGCAACCGUGUCAGGUGUUCUUCAACAGAAGCCAGUCCCUCACUCAGCCUCAGGCGAUAGAGCUCUCCAUUAACUCCCUAACUUUAAAGGUGUCUCCCAUAAUCAUAAACACCGUAAUCACCAUCCAGUCGGCGCUGACCCCCGCGGCCGAGACCCCGGAGGAGCUGGAGAGCCCCGUACCCCCUGACCUGUGGGAGUGCCGCAACUGGCGGGAACUCAAACUCUGGUUCCUGGAAGAAGAAGGGGAGGAAGACGCCAAGUCUGUGGUACCUCUCGUUCCCCAGGGCGAGUCACUUCAGCUUAAAAUUUCCUCCAUCUGCCUGACUCUGGAGGCAGGUGUGGGUCAUCGGACAGUCCCCAUGCUGCUCGCCAAGUCCUCCUUUCAUGGAGAUGUGAAGAACUGGAGUACCCUGAUCAACCUGGAGUGCCAUCUCAACAUGGAGGUGAAUUAUUAUAACGAGAUUAUGGGAGUGUGGGAGCCACUGCUGGAGCCGCUCGAAGACGAGGCCAAAGAUGGUUUCAGACCUUGGACACUGGAUCUAAAGAUGAAGAAAAAGCCAGCAAAGCAGUCAGGAGUAUCAGACGAGGUGGAUUACAUUGUUCCAGAUUACAAAACUGUCAUCAGCAUCACCAGCAGAGAUCAGCUCAACAUCACCCUGUCCAAGUGUGGUCUCAACAUGCUCAGUAACUUAGGAUCGGCGUUCGCAGAGGCUGCUAAGCAGACGGCCGAUUGUUUCCAGAAGGACCAGGCUCCCUUCGAGGUGAAGAAUCGUCUGGGCUUGCCAGUGGCGGUCCUGCACAGUGAGGUGUUCAAGCCUAUCGGUAAGGACUCUAAUAGUCGGGUGGUGGAGCUGCAGGACGGAGAGAGCUUAAACAUGGACUACACGCUCACGGCCACCGAUGCUGAUCAGUUCUCUGCUAUGACCAGCCUCAGCAGCAAAAACUACAUUCAGCCAACUCCUGUCGGCCACACGGCUGCCAGCGUCAUCCCUCUAAUCAAAGUGGGUCGGGGCAUGUACAGCGUCAUGCAUCUGGAGUCUGGGGUUACACGCUUCUUCAUCUGUCAGAUCAACUCCAAUGACGGGAGCAAGUUCGUCCAGAUUCGUUCACCUUUCCAGAUCAUUAAUCACUUUUCGGUGCCGUUCCGGGUGUACGAGGGCUCACGUUGUCUGGGUGUUUGUCUUCCUACCGAGGAAUUCUGUGUCCCUCUGGGCUCCUACAGAUCACAGCUAUGCCUGCAGCCUGUCAUCGACGGAGACGAGGAGUUUAAGUGCUCUGAAGUUUUCAGCUAUGGACAACUCAGUGAGAAAGCCGACGAGUGCGUGGAAAAGACGUGCCAUCACAGAACCAAUGCUGCUCUCGUCUUCAAGAUCAACAUGGUUCCUGUUCUGGACACUGUGAUGUCCCACAGUACUCAGGAGGAGUGUGACAAACCAUACAUCCUCCAUCUGUGGCCCACUGUGCUCCUCCGGAACCUUUUACCCUACCCCAUCGUUUACACCUUAGUGGUCAGCGGACACCCUGUGCCAACGACCCUGAAGGAAGGCCACUCAUCCCAGCUUCACACUGCCGUCAUGGACCGCUCCAGUCUGGACCUGAAGCUGCUGGGCUAUCUGCAGCAGGACUGGACAGCCACCUACAACCUCCGUACCGACCACGACGAGAUCAGCUUCAUUACCUUCCACGCGUCUCAUUCGGAGGAAGAGCUCGACGGGGAGGGCUCCAGGGCCGAGCUAGAUAUCGCCGUCCACGUGAAGAAGGAGCCGGGUCAGGCCAUCAUAGCCAUCCACUCACCUUACUGGAUGGUGAACAAAACGGGACGGCUGCUGCAGUAUAAGGCCGACGACAUCCAUCGAAAGCAUCCCAUGGACUAUGACAUGCCCUUGCUGUUCUCAUUUAAACCACGCAACUUCCUGCACAAUAAUAAGGUACGCUUGAUGAUUUCAGACAGCGAGUUGUCCGAUGACUUUUCUAUAGACACCGUCGGCAGUUACGGCCACGUGAAAUGUAAAGGAAGAGCCAAGGACUAUCUGGUGGGGGUGAAGAUCGACACCAGCAGUUUCAGCCUGACCCGACUUGUGACGUUUCUCCCCUUUUACAUGCUCGUGAACAGAACCAAGCACGUGAUUCGAGUGUGUGAGGAAGGACAAGAGGACUGGACUGAAGCAAAACCUGGAGAGACCGCCACUCCAUUCUGGCCAGAGCGAGAUUCGAAAAGGCUCCAAGUUAAGGUGGACGGCUGUCAGAGUACUGCUAAAGCGAUCGCCUUCCAUCAGCCCGAGAACUGCCUCUUACUACACCUGGAUAACACUCUGGGUGGUGUCAUUGUUGACGUGAACAUGACUGAACAGUCGACUCUGAUCCGCUUUUCUGAUUAUCAUGACGGUGCAGCUCCUUUUCUUAUCAUCAACCACACCAGGGAGGAGCUAGAGUUCCACCAAAGCUGCAAGGAGCGUAGAGCCUCUUCUUGGGUUUCAGAUGGAACCUUGUCUCGAGGGGAAGAAAGAAUGUCCCUCUGCUCUCAGAAGUUAGAGAUGGAUCAGCUCGGUCCAGGUCAGGCCGUUUACUACACGUGGGCUGAGCCCACAGGAUCUAGAAUUCUGCGCUGGAAUUGGGGAACCUGCAGUGGUGAACUGAAGAAUGAGGAGGACCUGCUGCUGAACGUGAACAACGAGCUGUAUGUGACCUCAUUUUAUGAGGGGCUCCAGCGUGUGGCUCUGUUCACAACGGAUCAACGUGUCUUCAAACUGCUGAAUGACAGCGAGAAGGUAGAGCUGGCUGAACAGGAAAUCAGUCUUUCGCUGCAGGAUGUGGGCAUCUCACUGGUCAACAAUAACACCUGCCAGGAGGUGGCAUACAUUGGCAUUAACAGCUCUGACCUGGUGUGGGAAACCAAGCCGAAGAAAAAAGGCCGCUGGAAGGUUCUGAGCGGAAAAGAUGCCGAGUUGUUAGAAAAGCACUACAAAGCCUUUACAGAGAGCAGCCCAGUGAACUACAGCAUCGUUGACCUCGAGAACAACUACCAGGUCAGUUUUACUUCCAAUGGCUUGGACAUGAGGAUCCUGCAGCCCUACGAUGCACCUCUCCGCAGGAACUUCCUACCAGCUCUGAAAGUAGAGUACAGUGUCUCCGCCAGGCAGAAAACCUACCGCGUUCAAAUCAACAGAGUCCAGAUUCAGAAUCAGUUGUCGGGAGCCAUCUUUCCCUUUGUUUUCUACCCUAUUAAACCUCCCAAAUCUGUCAGAAUGGACUCAGAGGUGAAACCGUUUACCGAUCUGAGCAUUAUCACCAGAGUAGCGGGGCACUCUGACAUCCUACGAAUAAAGUAUUUUAAGGUGUUGAUUCAGGAAAUGGACCUGCGGUUGGAUCUUGGCUUCCUUUAUGCCAUUUUGGAUCUGUUUACUGCUGAGAAUGUUGCCACGGUCACCUCAGAACAACAGGUGGAGCUGUUUGAGAAGGAUAUCGAGUAUCUGAAGACCAGCCUAAACCACGUGUCAGCCACAGACACUUCUCCCAUCAGCUUGUACGAGUACUUCCACAUCUCACCCAUUAAGCUCCAUCUGAGCUUCUCUCUGAGUUCUGGUGGUGAGGACGGGAACAAGACAAAGAGAGACACUGAAAUGAUUCCUGUGCAGUCCCUGAACCUGCUGCUGAAGAGUAUAGGAGCGACACUUACAGAUGUCCAGGACGUCGUCUUCAAGCUGGCCUUCUUUGAGCUGACCUUCCAGUUCUGCACCACCCAGCAGCUGCAGUGGGAGGUCGUCCGCCAUUACUCCAAACAGGCCAUCAAGCAGAUGUAUGUACUUGUGCUGGGGUUAGAUGUACUCGGUAACCCAUUUGGUCUAAUUCGGGGUCUGUCCGAGGGAGUUGAGGCCUUCUUCUAUGAACCAUACCAGGGAGCUAUUCAGGGUCCUGAGGAGUUCAUGGAGGGUAUGGCUUUGGGGAUGAAGGCCCUGGUUGGAGGUGCAGUAGGAGGUUUAGCUGGAGCAGCGUCUCGUAUUACAGGCGCAAUGGCUAAAGGAGUGGCUGCCAUGACGAUGGAUGAGGAAUAUCAGCAGAAGAGGAGAGAGGCCAUGAACAAGCAGCCGAGUGGUCUGAAAGACGGUCUCACGAGAGGAGGAAAAGGACUCGUCUCUGGCUUUGUGAGUGGCAUUACGGGCAUUGUUACUAAACCUAUCAAAGGUGCUCAGAAGGAAGGAGCAGCAGGUUUCUUUAAAGGAUUCGGCAAAGGCCUCGUAGGAGCAGUGACGAGACCAACAGGGGGCAUCAUCGACAUGGCAAGCAGCACCUUCCAGGGCAUCAAGAGGGCGGCAGAAACCUCUCAGGAAGUGGAGAGUUUGCGACCACCACGUUUUCUGCACGAGGAUGGUGUCAUCAGACCGUAUAGGGAGAGGGAGGGCAUCGGCAGCCAGAUGUUACAGAAAAUUGAAAAUGGAAGAUUUGCAAAGUACAAAUACUUUGCUCAUGCCAAGGUGAACGAGUCAGAUUUCCUGAUGAUCACGCAAAGGGGGAUAUUUUUUGUCACUAAAGGCACUUUUGGGCAGUUGACCUGUGAGUGGCAGUAUCUGUUCGAUGAGUUUACCAAAGAUCCAACGAUUGUAGAGGAACGACGACUGCGCAUCGAGGCAAAGGAAAGAGUUAAAUCUGUGUUUCAUGCCAAAGAGUUUGGGAAGAUCAUCAACUUCAAGACUCCAGAAAUAGCCAAGUGGGUUCUAACCAAGCUUCAGGAUGCCAGGGAUAGUUUGCCAAAAUAACCAGUAUCUGGAAUCCUUAAGAAAAUCUGAAAUCACACAUUAACCUGGACCUCUUCUCCACCUCCUAGUGCGUGCCUUUACUUAUAUGCAAAACACCACACAGAUGGGACUGUGCAUUAUUCUCUCAGAAAAGACUUGAGAUUCUACGACAUUCUACGUUCUAGUGACUGUAAGAGAUUUUGUUGUUUACAGAUUGAUUUUCUUCACUGCCUUGGAAACAUCUAACUGAGUUGCAUCAUCUGUGUAUAGACAUUCAAAACCUUUUUUUCAGAUUUUAUUAUUUAUUUUGUAAAGCAUAAGUCAAACACUAAGAAUGAGAAUGCAUGAGAAUGAGUUUGUAUACUGACAUUAAAGGAAUAGUUUGGCCAUAAAUAAAAUUCCGACAUAAUUUCCACUUAUUCUAAAUGCUUCUUUAGUUUUUUUUUCUUUUUCUUUCAAUCUUGUAGUUUCUAUGUCCCAUUUGUUUGUAAAUGAUCCACCAUUCGUGCAGCAGCCUUGGCCAGAAAGCCAAGGGAGAAACCCCAGUGACCUUUCCUCCCUCAGUCAUGGCCAGUUGUCUGGGCAGGUUGAUAGCACUUCUCUGCGUAUUACACUAACGUAUCAGACUGUUAGCCCAAAAGUUAACUAUGAGCUUGGAUGCUGGCAGAGCAAAUACAGCGAGCACAGCACAUCACCGGCGUUCUGUGGAAUUUUGGUUUCUGCUUACCUCCCAAAAACAUGCAAACAUUUGUAUUGGCUGUUCUAAAUUGCCCCUAGGUGAAUACACAAGUGCAAGAAUGGGAAAGGGGAGCUCAGGUGGUGCAGCUGUAAAACACAUUUGCACGCCAGAGCGGAGUGAGUUUAAAACUCAGCUCUGCUACCGACAGGCUGGGCGCCCACACGAGCAAUGAUUGGCUCGUUCGUAGGUUGGAUGCCCGAGGGGAUUCCUCAUAACUGAUGCAAUUAUGACCUCUGCUGGCUGAUUGAUGGCGCCUUCACAGAGACGCGGGAUAAUGGAGAUCAGUGCGUGGCUCUCAAUGCAUGAGACUGAUCCACAUAUGAACUCAUCUCGUGCAGGUGAAAAGAUGCAGUUGAUUACUGCACACGUGUCGGAGGGGGCGUGUGUUAGUCACAGCUCUCCUCUGUCGGGAGGUCAGCAUCCAAUCAGGUAAUUGGAUAUGACACAAAUUGACACAAACUGGUUAAACUACAGGUUACUUGUUAGUUGCAUUAGCCUCAUAGUUACAGUGUGACUCUCCUCAUGAGGAGAACAUUGUUUUCAAUUUUUGUGUUUUAUUUCUGCCCCGAAUUUUGCUUUAAUCAGUGUACAGUUGGAGAGCAUUUCAUCUAAACCCGGCCUUACAUUCCAUCACUGCCAUGGUUAAAAAUAUAUAUAUUUAUUUAUCUCAACACACACACACACACUACUUACUGAUGCUGUUUAAGAUCCAUUAAAAUAUUUCGUUUGUAGAAGAGAUGAAGAUAGACUGAAAUGUUUGAAACCAUAUCAGCUCGUCAUCAACUACAAAUGACAGGAAUAUUUUUGUACAUGUGGCUUUUGCAUGGAACGUUUCCUUUAGUCACAGGUAUGUAUAAAUUUCACUGUUUACAGCUUCUCAGCAGUAUUGCUCUGUAAAUAUUCAACAGCUUUGGUACAUACUAUUAAUUCUCCUCAGACUUUCUAUGCAGCUUGUGCUAAUAUACGUACUACUGUAACUUUAUCACUGAAACCCGACACUGACAUUCAAUAUGCAAUAAUAACUGCUUUGUCUUUGCUGGGGCUGAUGUACAAUUUGUUUAUUAAGUAUUUAUCAGUUGUUGCAACAGUUUCCUGUAAUUUUUAAUCCAGAAUGCAUAUUGAAUAAAUGUAUUUUCAUCAAA